GCAGUCCGCGACCCGCACUCCCUCGCUCAGACUCCUCGAACUUACGAACUCGUGAACUCACCCCUAAACGAUCCUAAACUUAGCCUUAGAGCUAGCCGCCCGCACUCGGCAAUAUGGUUCACGUGAAGUCCGUGGUGUUGUUGACGCUGGCGGUGCUGGGGCUCGCGGCCGCGACCCCGCGCAAGCACAACAAGCGCGAUGCGCCGCUGAGCUCGUCGUACCUGCCUCCGUCCAGCGGAGGGUUCGGUGGCGGCCGGCCCUCGUCCUCCUACGGCGCCCCACGCCCCUCUUCCAGCUACGGCGCCCCCAGCCGGCCCUCCUCCAGCUACGGAGCCCCGAAGCCGUCUAGCAGCUACGGCGCUCCCGCCCCGUCCAGCUCCUACGGCGCGCCCGCCCCGUCGUCCAGCUACGGAGCCCCGGCACCUUCUUCGAGCUACGGAGCACCUUCAUCGAGCUACGGAGCCCCUCGUCCCUCGUCUAGCUACGGAGCGCCCAAGCCCUCCAGCUCGUACGGAGCCCCCGCCAGACCACCCGCGACUAGCUACGGCGUCCCCACCGGUCCUUCGACCACCUACGGCGCUCCGAAGCCCUCGAGCAGCUACGGCGCCCCCGCCUCCCGCCCCUCGUCCAGCUACGGCGCGCCUAAACCGUCAAGCUCCUAUGGAGCCCCCGCCCCCUCUAGCUCCUACGGUGCCCCCGCUCCGUCCAGCUCCUACGGCGCCCCAGCACCUUCAAGCUCUUACGGUGCCCCGGCUCCCUCAAGCUCCUACGGCGCUCCUGCUCCCUCAAGCUCGUACGGUGCCCCGGCUCCCUCAAGCUCCUACGGCGCUCCUGCUCCCUCAAGCUCGUACGGUGCCCCGGCUCCCUCAAGCUCCUACGGCGCUCCUGCUCCCUCAAGCUCGUACGGUGCCCCCGCUCCUUCUAGCUCAUACGGCGCUCCAUCAUCUGCCCCGUCCAGCUCCUACGGCGCCCCCGCUCCGUCCAGCUCCUAUGGCGCCCCCGCUCCUUCAUCUUCCUACGGCGCCCCAUCGUCCGGAUCUGGCGGCUUCGGAGGUAGCGGAUACAGCGGCAGCGGCUUCGGUUCGAGCGGUUUCGGCGGCAGCGCUCCUUCUUCCAGCUACGGCGCCCCGUCCGCUCCCUCCAGCAGCUACGGCGCCCCGUCCCCGUCCAGCUCGUACGGCGCCCCCGCCGCCCCCUCCAGCUCAUACGGUGCGCCCAGCUCUGGCGGCUUCUCUGGUGGCUUCUCUUCUGGUUCUGGCUCUAGCGGAUUCUCGUCCGGCGGCUACUCGUCCGGUGGCUCCGGCGGCUACUCGUCCGGCGGUUCAGGCGGCUACUCGUCCGGCGGCGGAUCGGGCGGCUACUCGUCCGGCGGUUCCGGCGGCUACUCGUCCGGCGUGCCCGCAACCAUCAAUCAAGGCUACGACUCCAACGGUGGCUACGUUUACUAGGUUUACAUCAUUCUCCAUACUGUGAAUUGGAAUAUAGUCAAUUUGUUAAGUUACCGUCUGUUUGCGAGUGGAAUUGGGAUAGUGGAAGGUGCAAUAUUUAGAGUAGAGGCCACGGAAUGUGUGAGUCUUCACGGCUCGAGACGGUCAGUACUUAUGUUAAAUUUAACACGGUAAAGUGAAUCACGAAUAUGUAGUCUCUCUAUUUAUUCAGUCGCCGUACUGUCUCUACUGUUUGUGAGCUCGACGCUAAACGAAAGUAUUAAAUUUAUUUAAUUAUAAUGAACUGUACAAAAAAUUAGAUUAAGUACGGAAAUGAUUUUGUAUAAAUUAAAUCUUUUGUAAAUAAGUAA